AUGGGAGAGUGUCGCGUUACCGUCUGUCUAAACGAUAUCUGUACAGACUUUGACCUCAAUGUGGUAGCUAGUGUAGUGCUUACUCCAGCCACAGCUACUAUUGCACCAGGAGAUAAUUUGAGAUAUAGAGUAGUCCGAGCUCGCGCCGGCCGUCUAACUGUUCAAGAUGUCGCCGAGACUUUCUACAGCAUGAAAGUGCCUCAAACAGGUGUAGCUUUUCUAGAAGACACAGUUAGUUUAGUUCGCGGUACGGAGGUGGGAACCACAGCCGUCAUAUUGAUGUCUGGUCCUACUGAAGUGGCUACUGCUACUUUGACAGUGGCUGAGCCCCAUUCAAUUAGAGUUCAACUUCGCCCUUCAAAUCUCGUGAUCCAAGGAGAGAACUUCAUUGUUCAUGCUAUAGUGUUAGAUAAAGACGGACACGCCCUCACUGCUGGCAGUGAAAUUUUGAUAAGAUUGUCGGUAGAGGGUGAAGCCAAUGUGAACUUGAUAAGAUCUACGGAAAAUGGUACUCUGACUGAUGCGGUAGCUCAGAAUGCUGGGCCUUUCAAGAUUACGGCAAGACUAUAUUCUGUUGCUGGCAAAAUAUUACAAAAUAAAGUAAGUAUUUAUGUGAUAAUCUCAAAUAUCAGUAAUUAUAGUAGGUAG